AUGGAGCAGCUUGAUCAUUUCAUCCACGAGCAUCCAUUAGCCUUCAGUAGUGAAGAGCAGAAAAUUGAAGGGCAAGCUAUUUGCUGUGGGUGCCAGGAGCCAGUAUUUGGUCCGACCUACAAUUGCUCUGAAUGCAACUUUGUGCUGCAUAAAUCAUGCGCCCAGCUACCCACCCAGACCCACCACCCGCUGCAUCGCGGACACCCCCUCGAUCUCCGUGCAAAGCCAUCGCCUGAAGUGUAUACUACCUGCGAUGCCUGCAGUAAGAUUUGUAAUGGCUUCACUUACCGUUGUCGUCCCUGCAAUUUCGACCUUGACAUCAUAUGUGCUUCUCUAUGGCGCAAUAUUAUGGAUGAUGGUCACCAACACGUUUUCAUCCCCCUGAUGAAGCAGAUCCACUUCACCUGUGAAGCAUGUGGCAAAGAAGGCAAAUGCAAAUCUUCCCUGUGUAGCAUCUGCCAACUAUGGAUCCACCGAGAAUGCGCUGAUUUUCCAAGAACCCUCAAGAUAAUAGGACACGAUCACCUUCUCAAGCUCAUCUAUUCUCUUCAUCAGAUUCCUCAUCCAAACUAUGUAUUCUGCAAACUCUGCUACAGAAAGGUUAACACCAAGUUUGCUGCUUAUUAUUGUCCGGAUUGCAAUUACAUUGCCCACUUGUACUGCGCAACACAUACAAAUAUUGUGGAUAAUUCCGUGCCCAAUGAAGCCGUUGACUUUGUAACUCGUGUUACUGAUCAUGAUAUCACCCAUUUUAGAAUGCAACACAACUUAGUCCUCUGCGAUGUGGAGCUGGAGGAUGAUAAACGAUGUUACGGGUGCGUGCGGCUCAUCUCACCUCCUUUUUAUAGUUGUUCUCUCUGCGAUUUAUUUCUCCACAAAAGCUGCAAUGAGCUGCCUGGACAGAAGCAACACCCACUUCACCAGCACCCGCUCACCCUCCGAACAAAUGCAGAUUCCAUCAAUAGCAUUUUCAUUUGUGAUGCUUGUGGUCAUCAUUGCAAUGGGUUCGCCUAUAACUGUGAUCAGUGUCACUUCAACCUGGAUGUUUAUUGUAGUUUAAUUUCGGAAAAGCUAACACAUAGCGGUCAUAAGCACCCCCUCUUCCUCCCCUGGAUAAAAACUUCUGAAUGCUGCAGUGCUUGUGGUGGUUCGGAAGAGGAUGAUCUAUUUGUUUGCCUUGAUUGCAACUUCACCUUGGGCUAUACCUGUGCUACUCUUCCGUUUGUAGCUUGGCACAGUGGCGACGACCAUUUACUCAGCCUCAUGUAUCCUUCUGAUGAUGUUGAAGAUGAUUCUAGAGAUUAUUAUUGUCUUAUUUGUGAAGAAGAAAGAAACCCACAUCUCUGGUUUUAUUAUUGCGCAGAUUGCGAUUUUUCUGCUCAUCCUAGAUGUGUUCUUGGAGACUAUCCGUUUAUCAAGUUUGGAGCCACCUACAAAUAUGACACUCACCCGCAUAGCCUCACUUUUGUUCAAAAGACCAAGAACUACCCUCCAUGUGACGCAUGUGGUGAGCCUAGCACAGAUUGGUCCCUGUCAUGUGCUCAAUGCAGGAUCAAUGUACACGGGGAAGGUAAUUGUUUCUGGCACCAGCAAGAACAGGGUAGAAUAACUUUUAGCAACACCCCGUGUUAA